AUGUGGGCAGCUCGCGGGCCACCGCGGAUCUUGCGCUCGGCGCCGGGCGCGGUCGUCUGCGCCAGCGCCGACGGCGUCUACAAGGCCGACGUCCUCCUGGACGCGGUGCAUCUGCGCUGCUACCAGAUCAAGGACGACUACCCGGCUGUGUACACGCUCGUCCGCCCGGCGAACCUGCCGAUCGCCGCCGCCUUCAUGGCCCCGCGGGCGUCGCGCUUGGCCGUACUCACCGAGACGAGCCUCGAGAUGUACUUGUGCGCCAAUGACAUUGCAACUGGCGUCACGUUCAACUUUGCGCUCAGCAUUACGCUCGGCACGAAAGGCGUCGAAGUCGCCACGACGCUGGCCGCGAACGAGCAGCACCUCUUCAUUGGCACCUCGCUGGGGCGCAUGAUGGUGUUUCAAUGGGCGGAUCUGCGCGCGGGUGGCCACUUUGUGGCGCCCCUCGACGUGCUCGGCAGCCGCCCCACGUUGCCCGUCCUCACCGAGCCAUCGGCCGUGCGCUCGAUCUCGUGCAGCAGCGCCACGUACGUGCUUACGUCGCUCGUGUAUGUCUGCGUGUGCUUCGCGAACGGCUUUGCGGUGCUCCUGAGCUUUGCGCCGACGCACUUGCGCCUCGAAGAGAUCGUGUGGCUCAACGAAGUCAUCUCGACGCUUGGUGACGUGACCACAUGCCACGUCGACGGCGAAGCGUCCCUCAUCGCCCUCGGCCACCACGCGACGCUCUCGCUUGCAGUGUGGGGCUUUACACCCGACGACCUCGGUGCGGUCACUGCCUUGGCCUUUACCGACGACGGGCGCGCGAUUGCAGUCGGCUUUCUGCUCCGCGGCAUGGCGGUCUUCUCCAUCGACAGCUGCAAGCUCAUGUCGACCUUGCCGCAGCAGCUGGUCGCCAAGGACAACGAGCUGCUCCGGAACGGCGUCUCCUCGCUGCAGUGGACGAACGCGAGCAGCACGCUUCUCGUGACGCCCCGACUGUACGACAAGAACACGCCGCCGCCGUCCUCCUCGACAAGCGCGAUGGACCCGUCGCCGUGCUAUACCCUUGUGCAUGUCGAGAUGCUAAAAGAGCUUGACGGUCUCUGCCUCUCGCUGGCGGGCGAGCCUCUGCAGUGCGGCGCGUGGGUCCGCAGCGAGGCCCCGUUUGUGCCGCAGCCGUCGGACGGACUGCCCGGUCCAGCCGAGCGCAGCGGCCACAUUAUAGGCGGCGACCUAGUGGUCGCGAUCAACGACCAAGCCGUGGCGCACUUGGCGUUCAACGAUAUUGUGGCGAUCCUAAAAGAGCUCCCGUUGGGGUCGUCGGUGAAGCUCUCGCUGCUGCGCAUCUCGUUCGCGAAAGCAUUUGCGCUCGCGACACUUGCGCUCCAGUCGCAUGCGUUUUGUUCGACGCACAAGCUCGCGCUCGACGAAGACCAGGUCGUGUGGGAGUACGCGCUACGCAUGCAGGCGACGCUCGGCGACUGCGUGUCGCCCAAGCCGUCGAUGCUCGCGUUCGAAGAGCGCGCCAAGUUUGACGGGUACAUGGCCCUCGCCGGCCUCUCGAGUACUCUGGCUAUGCAUCGGUACCUGAAACUCUACCUCGCAUGCUUUCCGCGCACAAACUGGCAGCCGAUCGAGGCGCUCGACCACUUGCUGGCCUUUCACAACCCCGAGACGCCGCGUCUUCCGACCGCGACGCCGACGGCCGUGCUGGUCGACUUUGCACGCUCGGUGCUGCCGAUGGGGAAGAGCGAUUUGCAUCUCCUCGAAGCGACGAGCAUCCACGUGCUCGCGGCCAACUGCAAGAACGAUCCGUGCGGCGUGCUCUCGUCCGUUGCGAUCCCCGUGCCGAGCACGUACACGAACCAAAACAGCCCGAUGCAGCUCCUCGCCGUCUCGUCCGACGAUACCCGCGUCGCCGUCGCUGGAACCCGUGGCUUUGCCCUCCUCCACAAGCCCAAAGGCGCAUGGCUCUGUUUCGGGAACGUCCACGACGAGCAAGCUUUCCGCGUGGUCGCGAUGGACUGGUGGCACAACGAAGCGCUCGUCGUCCUCGUGCUCCAAGACGAUCUGCUUCUUAUUGACGUCUACGCCCGCGACCGCCUCGAUGCCCGCUGCUGCCGCCUCGUCUUGCCGCCGACCGCGUUCUUUUACGCGAUUGCCGUCGACCACGAUCGCGUCUACUGCCUCUCGCUGCAGCAAGUGCUCGUGUACCGUAUUGCGACGUCCGGGUCGGCCGACGCGGGGAGUCUCCGCUUUGAGAUUGAGUUUGAGCGGGCCGAGGCGCUGCCGCGCUGCAACGCCAUGGUCGGCCAAGCCCACUUGUUUGUGCCGAUUCCGCGCCUCGUGCCACACUCGAAUGCCGCAUACAAGAAGAGCGGCGCGUGGUUCACCGGCUGGCUCGGUCUCUUGGGUGAAUCGGACAAGUCGAUGCUCUUGCCACGGUUUGCGCUCCUCGAUACGCUCGGGUGUCUCUAUGUGUGGGACCCCGAAACAAAGGAGCAGGUGCUCUUGGCCAGCGACAUCUCGCACGUCUCGACCUGGCGUGGCCCGAGCGAGCUCCCGACACCGUGCACGCUCAUGCACGGCUUGUAUGGCCCCAAGGGCUUUCAGGCGUGGUGGCCGCUCCUGGACGGCGUCGACUUUGAGCCGAAAGCGCACGCCGAUGCGCUCCGAUCGUUUCUACAAGUCCACGAUCCGAUGCGCGCGCGCAGCAUGGGCAAGCUCCACGGAUCGCCCGAUAAGAUGGCCAACACAUACUAUGAGCUCUUGGCCGAGUAUGGGGUCCAACUCGAGAUCGCCAACGCCGAGCCAGAGUCGUCGGACGUUGUUCCGAUCUCGGUGCACUGCAUCAUGGUCGAUCCAGUCUUGAAAUUCAACCCGGAAGUGCAGCUCGUGGGGAUCCAUGCCCGGUUCGGCGUCCUCGUUGGCGCGUUUCAAGACCAAUAUGUCGGCAUCUACGACAUUGCGGCUCGUGUCCAGCCGCUCUUGCACUCGCUUCUCUCGCUUUUGCUGGUGCAGAAGCAGUCGACGCUCGCGCAGGCGUGCUUGGAGGUCAUGGCGGCGCGCCUCGGUCUCACGACGCCCACAAAAGAGCUCGUGCUCGUGACCGCACUCGACAAUGCGUUUCAACGGGUCUGGCCGCGUGCGGUCGUCGAGCGCACGCUGCUUUUGCUCCAGGACCCCGAGAACGAGAUGGAAACGUACUGUGAGAUCGUGGCCAACGUCGCGCGCAAGGUCGAGCCCAACCGCCUCCCGCUCCUCUUUCCGAUCGCGGGCGACCCGAGCGCGCUCCUCCAGCUCUGCCGGCAGCGCCACGAAGUGCGGACGGCCGCCAACUUUCUCUUGUGCCUCGACGAGUCCGUGAGCACGCCGACAGUCCUGACGCGGACGCGCACCAACAGCUUUGCGCAGUUCCAGUCGCGGAGCGCGCUCGCUCUCGAGCUCAUUGUCGACUGCGUCGAGUGCGACGAAGACCAUUUGGCGCUGCAGCUGGUCCGCGUCGCGCGCGCGUGGGAGCCGGGCCACUACUACCACGCGAGCAACGGCGCGUCGCCGCAGUACGAGCGCUACAUUGACGAGCAGCUCGGGAAAUAUGCCUUCCAGAUGCUUGUCCAGUACCGAUUCGACAAGGUCGUAUGGCUCCUCUCCCAGACCCAAGUGCCACUGCCCGUCCUGUUUGGCGACGAUCUCGGCGUCCGUAGCGAGAGUCUCGCGCUCAUCCACGAGCGCCUCGACGUUCUCUUGACGAUGGACGAGCUGCGCUUGCUCCACAGCGCUGUUGCGGCAGCCAAGUACGAGCAGUGGGCCACGCUUCUGGAUGCACUCUUGCACACGUAGAGAUCCAUGGGAUUGUUAUAUACACAGAAAGGCCAUUAGCCAUGACGAAAGAUGAGAAAGCCGAUUUGGCCCAGGAAAAAAUAGAGGAGC